GCGCCCAGCACUCGCCGUUCUGACAGUUUGAGCUUACUUUUAGCUUUUUCUGGCAAGACUAGAAACAUGUCCGAGACCGCUCCCGUGGCUCCCGCAACACCCGCACCUGCGGAGAAGACACCUGUGAAGAAGAAGGCAAAAAAGGCUGGCGCCGCUGCUGGGAAGCGCAAGGCGUCCGGGCCCCCGGUGUCCGAGCUCAUCACCAAGGCCGUGGCCGCCUCCAAGGAGCGCAGCGGCGUGUCCCUGGCCGCGCUCAAGAAGGCGCUGGCGGCCGCCGGCUACGACGUGGAGAAGAACAACAGCCGCAUCAAGCUGGGCCUCAAGAGCCUGGUGAGCAAGGGCACCCUGGUGCAGACCAAGGGCACCGGCGCCUCCGGCUCCUUCAAGCUCAACAAGAAGGCGGCCUCCGGGGAAGCCAAGCCCAAGGCCAAGAAGGCAGGAGCGGCCAAGGCUAAGAAGCCCGCCGGCGCGGCCAAGAAGCCCAAGAAGGCGACGGGCGCAGCUACCCCCAAGAAGUCCGCCAAGAAGACCCCAAAGAAGGCCAAGAAGCCCACCGCUCCUGCAGGGGCCAAGAAGGUUGCCAAGAGCCCCAAAAAGGUGAAAGCGGCUAAGCCAAAGAAGGCUGCGAAGAGUCCGUCUAAGGCCAAGGCCCCAAAGCCCAAGGCAGCUAAACCUAAGGCGGCUAAGCCCAAGGUUUCCAAGGCCAAGAAGGCGGCCCCCAGGAAGAAGUAAGAUUGGAGCGGGACGACCUGCUUUUAAAAUCUCAACGGCUCUUUUCAGAGCCACCCACAGACCUCACUAAAAAGAGCUCAGCUGGUCUGAACAUAACUAAGAACGUGUUCUUAGUUUUGGCCCUAACAUUUUGAGUUUGGAAUUUGAACUCCCGCCUUGACAUGUGAUUGGCCAUUUUAACGCGCAUGGCUCUGCCGCAGCGCGCAUGGUUAGUAAGCUAAAGCAGCCCAAUCCUAUGCAGCCGGUUGGCCUACGGAGGCCUUUUGUGUUGCGUUUUGUACUUGGUGGCCUGUGCUUCUGGCUGACUGGAUGAGAUUUUAAUUUUCUAAUAGGUAGCCGAGUCAGAUUACCAAGCACUGCUGCCAGGUGAACUGAGUGGUAGUGUGUGGUUUCCGCCAUAAAGCAAGUGUAAUCCAGGCUUGAGGAAUGCUAGCCUUUUGUUUUCCCCCACCCAGAAUUAUUACAAAAGCAGCUGUCAAAAGACAAUGGGGGGAAAAAGUAGUCUGGCAGUUUCGUUGAAGUUGGUUUCCUUUUUGUCUUCUGGGCUGUUUAGAAUUAUCCAAUCAGGACGUGCCUUUUGGCAUUCCUGGGCGUGCAAUUGGAAGUGCACCAAUGAAAUCUAGAAUUUACUUCAUGUUAACUAGGGGUCUGUGGAAGAUCAGGUUUGUUAGAGGAAAAUGAUUCCUUAUUGUUGUCAUUCUAUCAUAGCAUUAAUUAGUGCAGCCAUCAUGCCAAAGUUUAGUGUAAAUAGUAAAGAGCAUCUUUCGCAGUUUAGAGUCUACUUUUGCUUUUCUCACUGUUGAGAAUCUAGGAAGUCAAUGUUGGUUUAUUCAGUUAGUAAACACGGAACGGGGGAGCAACACAACAAAAAGCUUUGAGAAGGCGGAAAUGCUACUGUGUUCUUCACACAUCAAGGUUUUUUUUUUUUUUUAAGGCUGUAGGAACAUGAGUUGACUUGGAUGGUCCAUUUCUAUAUUAUUUCUGUGCUUUCAAACUUCUUUUAUUUUUGGAAAAUUCACGUUCAUUGCCAGAAUCUAUAGAUGUUUUUGUCUUCUAGUAGGCAGCCGCUACAUUUUUAUUUUUACUAACCCUCAGUGCAUUUUAACAAUUCCUCCAAUUAUGAGUAUAUACAGAUAUAUAUGGUACAUAUGGAUCUUGAAGUACCUGUGACAUUUUCAUCAUUGUUAAUAGCAAAUACUUUCAUGUCACUUUGCAGGUAUAGUAGGUACUGGUUUGCACUCAUUUUGACUCUUUCACACUGAUAUUCAGUAUUAUGCCUGAAAGUGAAUCGUAUAAUUUGAUGUUAUUAAACAUUAAAAAAUUCUUGGUGGGUAUUUUAAAGUCAGUAGCUCUCAUUCUGUAAUAAUAAUAAUAAUAAUAAUUUAUUAUUAUUAUUAUUGGCACUGGGGAUGGAACCCAAUGUUACUUAACCACUGAGUCACAUCCCCAGCCCUUUUAAUAAUUUAUUUUGGGACAGAGUCUCACUACAUUGCUUAGGGCCUUGCUAAAGUGCUGAGGCUGGCUUUGAAGUAGUGAUCCUUCUGCCUCAGCCUCCCAAGGUGAAAGGCAUAUGCAACCAUGCCUGGUAAUAUUCUGUGUAAUAUAAACAAGUGGGACCAAAUCUCACAAACCCUUAGGAGUAAAAUGACUGAAUCUUAUUCUUUGUUAUUAUUCCCUUAUUUGUUAAUAGGUUAUUAAAUUCGACAUUCUACUUAAAUUUCUCAAUUCAAAUGUACGGUUAAAACCUGUAUCUUUCUAGAGUUUUUGAAGCUGGAGCUCAAUUUUUGUUUUUAUUUUUUAAACCAGGCUGCAUCAUAUGAUUUCCUUUGUUCAGGAGAAAGCCACAGAUCCUUCUCCCUUUGUGACAGUGGCUUGAUUGAGAUCUGAGUAAAUGGGAGACUGAAAUAAUAAAAAGGAAAUAAAAGAUCUCUGGUUUAUUAAGGUUUAUAAAAACUCUGCAAUUGCUUCCCUUGGAUCUCAGUAUGUUACUGACAUUCGGUGUAGUUUACAUUCUUGUUUUAAAGUUAUCAAAAUUGUGGCUUAGACAGAAAUAAUGAACAUAAAUAAGCAUUUAUUGUUAAUAAACGAAAUGGAUCUUUUAUA